AUGGGCUCAAAAUACGAAGAAAAUAUUACUUUGCCUAACGGUAAAACCGUUAAAGCUUUUACUGGUCUUUUUAUUAAUAACGAAUUUGUUGACUCUGUUGAUGGCAAACGUUUUGAGACCAUCAAUCCUACAACAGGCCAAGUUAUUACUUCUGUAGUAGAAGCAUCUGAAAAAGAUGUUGACAUUGCAGUUGAAGCUGCUACAAAGGCUUUUAAUGAAGAAUGGAUUCAUGUGGAUGGAAAGGAACGUGGAAGAUUAUUAAAUAAACUUGCUGAUUUAAUUGAACGUGAUAUCGAUGAAUUAGCUGCUCUUGAAGCUUUAGAUAAUGGUAAAGCUUUUACGAUAGCAAAGUCUAUGGAUCUUCCCUUUACAAUUGAUGUUUACAGAUAUUUUGCCGGUUGGUGUGACAAGAUCCAUGGCAAGGUUAUUGAAACCCAAAAUGAUAAAUUCUGUUACACUCGUCAUGAACCAAUUGGCGUUUGUGGCGCGAUUAUUCCUUGGAAUUUUCCAAUUAUUAUGGUAUCUUGGAAAUUAGCACCAGCUUUAGCAUGCGGCAAUACUGUAGUGCUUAAGUCAUCUGAAUACACUCCUUUGACUGCCCUAAAAAUGGGUGCCCUAUUUAAAGAAGCUGGUUUUCCAAAAGGUGUCGUGAAUAUUCUUUCCGGAUUCGGCCCUACAGCUGGUGCUGCUAUUGCUAAUCAUAUGAAAAUCGAUAAAGUCGCUUUCACAGGAUCGACAGCUGUAGGAAGAUCUAUAUUAAAAGCUUCCGCUGAAAGCAAUUUGAAAAAAGUUUCUUUGGAAUUAGGUGGAAAAUCGCCAAAUAUUAUAUUUGCUGAUUCCGACCUUGAAGAGGCUGUUAAAUGGACACAUCGAGGAAUCUAUUUCAAUCAUGGUCAAUGCUGUUGUGCUGGCUCUCGUGUUUAUGUUGAAGAUUCUAUUUAUGAUACUUUUCUUGAGAAAUUCAAAACGUUUGCACAAAGCAUGAAAGUUGGUGAUCCUUUUCAUGAAGAUACUUAUCAAGGACCUCAGGUUUCUCAACGACAAUUUGAUAGAAUCAUGGAUUACAUUAAAUCUGGUAAAAAUGAAGGGGCAACUUUAUUAAUGGGUGGUAAACAACUCGGUGACGAAGGAUAUUUCAUCGAACCAACUAUUUUUGUUGACGUGAAUGAAAAAAUGAAGAUCAUGCAAGAAGAAAUAUUUGGUCCCGUUGUAGCCAUUGCAAAAUUCAAAACUAUUGAUGAAGUAAUCGAAAAGGCGCAUUUGACAAAAUAUGGCUUGGCCGCAGCUGUGUUCACUAAAGAUGUAUCGCGUGCAAUAAAAAUCUCAAAUACAUUGAGAGCUGGUACAGUAUGGG